AUGGCCACCUGUGGCACCAUGACAGAUGUUAAUACCCUUCAUUGGAGUGUUGAAAAUAGCCAAUUCGAGUGGUCAGUGCUAACAAGUCAUAGUUACCAGUCGAGUAUAUCCUGGGUCCGCCUGGUCAAGGUUAGUGUAUUUGCAGACACUCUUCUAUUUCCCAAUGCUUACACAUAUCUUCAAGGCCUCUUCGCCCAGCCCUACGCCGAGUUCGCGACCAUGAUUCCUCCAAAUAGUUCAUCAAGUCCGACUUUUGCGUCAAGACCCGAUGACAGCGAUGCCACCAGCAAUUCUUGUUGUAUGUCGAGUCUUGAUCUUACCUACCAAAGCACUCCGGAGUUUGGCAAUGGUAUGUUCAACCCCGCUGUUCAUACCAAAGGCAUUCCCGUUGUCAACGACAUAUCAACUGAAAUAUGGACCAAGGAAGGUCUGCCAUAUUCUUCUCGGGACGACACAAUAGAGUUUCACGGUAUCGGUGGCAUCGCUCAACAGAUGCAAGAAGAUAUCGACAAGGAUCUGGCGGAAGCCAAGUUGCGCUCAGCAUCUCACAAGUCAAAGAACUCUCGUACCAACUCAGCAGUCGCUCCAAACGUUGCGAAAGCACGCAACUGCCACAACAAAGUUGAGAAACAGUACAGAGCCCGCUUGAAGACACGCUUUGGAAGACUGCUCACCGUGUUGCAGGCAUUGAUGCCGGUACAAAAUGCAGAUGGGAACGCAAUCGGCUCACUUGAUGCCAAUUACGCUUAUAGCAGAGGAGAAGUCCUCGAUCUUGCGACAGAUCGGAUUCUGACCAUGCAGGAGGAAAACAGAAGGCUCGUUCUUCGAGUCCAAAUGUUGACUUUGUCAAUGAAACAGAUAGCAAGGAGGGAGGACAGAGUACUAUGA